AUGGCGGCCAUUCUACUCUGCUCUUCGUGGGGCGCCUGCGCUCUGUGGCGGCUGCGGGCCGAGGCGCCGUUGGGCGCGGCGGGCUCGCUGACCGGCGUCCUGCGGGCCAGCCCCGCCGUCGCUCCCCCGUCCUCCGCCUCAUCGUCCGCCUCCUCCUCCUCCUCGCCGCCGCAGCUGGCGCUGCUCGUGAUGCAGCCGUGCGGCGGCGGCGAGGAGGAGGCGGCGGCGGGAGGCGGGGUGCUGCCGGGCGCCGAUGCGCCUCUGCCGCCGUCCGCCGCGGGCGGCCUGAUGCUGUUCUACGAGCUGGGCCCCGGCGACGGCGAGGCCGAGGCGGGCGAGGAGGAGGCGGCGGUGGCGGCGGCGGCGGCUGCGGGCGGCGAGAGCACGGCCAGCCCCGAGGAGCUGGAGGAGGAGGAGCAGGCGGCGGCCUCCAGCGGCGAGGCGGCGGCGGGCGGCGGCUGCAAGAGCUGCACCUACCAGGGCUGCAGCGAGACCACCACGCAGGUGGCGAAGCAGCGCAAGCCCUGGAUGUGCAAGCGGCACCGCAACAAGAUGUACAAGGACAAGUACAAGCGCAAGAAGAGCGACCAGGCCUUGGGCGGCGGCGGGGCCGCGGCGGCCAACGCGGGGGGCGGCCCCAGGGGUGAGGAUUGUGUUGAAGGUUCAGUUUCUGCUACAAAACAGAGAACAGGCUCUAUUGGAGAUCGCCCAGCAAGACCAACUCUUUUAGAACAAGUAUUGAAUAAAAAGAGGCUGUCCCUGCUCAGAAGUCCAGAAGUAGUGCAGUUUCUCCAGAAACAACAGCAGCUGUUGAGUCAACAAGCUUUAGAACAACGGCAGCAGCAGUUCCAAGGAGCACCUGGGUAAUCAGAACGGAUCAGUGACCUGCCAAUGAGUCUGGUGCUGAAGGAAGAAUAGGAUGUAUAUUUUCUUGAAAUAUAAAAAAAAAUUUAAAUGUUAAAAGGAAAAGUAAAGCUGCUGUCAUGUAUUUUACUUGGUUCUUGUUUGCACUUUGAGGUUUUGAGCUGCUUGGGUGUCUGCAAACUUGUGAGCAAAUCUGGAGGAGUUUUUUUUUUUUUGGAUUCUUACUAAAACUUAAUAUUUCUCUUUUUAAUGGAAAUUUGUUUAUAUCAGUAAUGUUUAGCUGUACACCCUUUUCCUACCAAAGUCUUCCACUAACUUAACAUUUUUCUAUAUGAAGAUUUACUGUUGUAAACAAGUCACUCUUUGAUGACAAUCAUUGAAGGAAGUCAGUUACUUUCUAUGGAAGUUGUGAAAUAGAGUCCAGUUUGAGCCAGUCCUGUGGCAUGAUUAACAGCAAUUCCUCAGGGAUGUGAGAAGCUUAUGUCCAGUAUAAUCUUGCACUAAAGGCUAAAGACAACGUGCCAUCAAGAAGUUAACCAGUGGCUCAGAGAAGUGUAAAUCAGGUGAUCCUUCUGCUUUGUACUCAUUAUGUGCAAGCUGAGUAGGUUUGAAAUGCUUCACUGUCUGUGCAAAGCAUGCAAAGGAUGAUGUGUUCAAAAUCUCCAAAUGGGAGAAAUAGAAAAGUGCUUUUGAGAAGAGUUAGAGAUGUAAUGUAUGCAGUGGAGAGUUGGACCUUGUUUUGUGAAGUUAUUUUGGAGGACCAACUUGUAACACGUGAAAUCACAUUAUAACUCAUGUAAAUGAGUGAUAUUCUCAUUUGUGUGUGAAUAAGUUAAAGCUUUUAACUCACAUGCUUAAAGUUUUUAACAGCAAGUGCAUCCAAAUUUUAAAAUGGGAUUGUGCAUUUGUUUUCUUUAUGUAUUCUUCCUCUUCCAAAAAAGUAUAGUUAAGAUGAUUUUAGUAAGACAACUGAUACCUAAUAAGCUCAAGUGCUGGACUUCUCAGGUUUUCAGCCAGUUCAGAUGAACUUGCAAUUGACUUGGUUAAGAAUCCAAACAUUUUACUAUCUAAGUAACGAAUCCCAAGUUUUGUAUUAAACCUUACUUCCUAAUAGGAGCUAUCUGAAUGGUGGAGGUGCUUACUGAAGUACUGCUUUGAUAGUGCAGCAGUUUGAUCCGCUGAAUAAUAUCUGUUCAGGAGUGUUGGUUAGUCUUAUGGGUUUUUAUAAGCUGUGCUUUUUGUAUGUAUAAAAAUUGUUCAGUAGGGAUUUUUGUAUUCAGCAUUGUGUAAGUUCUUUUUUUUAAAGAGAUCCAAAAACUUUGUACCAACAGUUCUGGACCAAUAAGUGUUUGAGUAAAUCUAUGUGGUUUUCUUCUUUCUUUAUCUUUUAAUUUUUGUUUGUUGUUGUUUGGUUCCAUUUGUAUGUUGCUUUGUGUUUUUUUUUUUCUAUAUUAAAGUGGCUAGCUCUGGCUAGGUGACAUUAAAGCUGUUGUGUUCCCACUCUAAGGUUAUUUUAGCUUCCAAGCAAAAUCAAAUCACUAUUUUCAGCAUGUCAGAAUAUUUGUGAAAAUGUAUAAUUUCAGCCCAUUGCAAGGAAGCAUUUGUUUUGCUUCAGACUGUCAUCUUAUGAAAGCAUUUAGGCAAACUGCUCUGCCUGGACACUUCUAAAAAAUGAAGUAAUUCUAGGUACCCAGGUUGGCCUUUGCCAGUUUCACUGUUGGUUAUUUUUCUUCCAUUGCUUUCCUAUUUCUGGUUUUGUCGCAUUACUUGCCAUUAUUAAAUUCUCAAGGAAUUUG